AACCAAAACGCUUCUGACAUUAGAAAAACACGUCAGAAAAUAUUUUUUCCAAUGAAAAAGUGAAUUUUUUUUUAUUAUAAUAAUAAAUGAUUAAUUUUAGUUGGAAAUUCAGGUGUACAAACUGUUGAAGCACAGACAUAUUAAGUGUAAUGAAAUAGUGAAGAAUGGACCGGUACACGACGAGGCUUCUGGUGUUCUCGCUUAUAGCAGCGUCUGCCGUGGCAGAUUCUGAUGGGAUCCCCACGGAAAAUAUGUCCACGAAGGAGCGGAAUAUGCUCAAGGAGGAAGCCCGAGAUAUGUUCUAUCAUGGCUAUCGUGCGUACCUCGAAAAUGCCUUUCCUGCGGAUGAGCUGAUGCCCCUGAGUUGUGCUGGACGCUACAGGGGGAUAACCCCAUCACGGGGGGAUAUGGAUGAUGUGCUUGGAAACUUUUCAAUGACUCUCGUGGACACACUGGACACGUUGGUGAUCCUCGGAGAUCUGGAGGAGUUUGAGCAUGCCGUAAAGCUCGUUAUCCAGAAUGUUUCCUUUGACAGCAAUAUCAUUGUGUCCGUUUUUGAGACAAACAUCCGAAUGAUUGGAGGUCUCCUGUCGGCUCAUAUCCUUGCAGAGUAUAUUCAGAAGGAAGCAAAUUUAAUGAUGUGGUAUCGUGGGGAGCUCCUUGAGAUGGCCAAAGAUCUCGGUUAUCGUCUCCUGCCUGCCUUCAAUACAUCUACGGGUAUCCCACAUGCCAGGGUUAAUCUACGGGAUGGCAUGAAGAGCGACGAGCUGCGGCAUUCGCGGGAAACGUGUACAGCAUGCGCAGGGACAAUCCUCCUGGAAUUUGCCGCCCUCUCACGACUUAGCGGAGAGCCCAUUUUCGAGGCUAAAGCACACGCUGCCAUGGAUGCUCUGUGGAAGAUACGCCACAGAGGCUCCGAUCUCAUGGGAACCACACUCAAUGUUCAUUCUGGCGAUUGGAUUCGUCGUGAUUCCGGUGUUGGGGCCGGAAUUGAUUCCUACUACGAGUACUGUCUGAAGUCGUAUGUUCUUCUGGGAGAUGAAAGAUACUUGGCACGAUUCAAUAGGCACUACAAUGCUGUGAUGAAGUACAUAAGUCAGGGUCCAAUGCUCCUGGAUGUCCUAAUGCAUCGUCCUCAUGCAAAAUCACGCAAUUUCAUGGAUGCCCUGCUGGCUUUCUGGCCGGGCUUGCAGGUCCUCACGGGGGACCUCAAGCCAGCUGUACAGACACACGAAAUGCUGUAUCAGGUGAUGCAAAUGCACACCUUCAUCCCCGAGGCGUUUACAUUUGACUUCCAAAUUCACUGGGGGCAGCAUCCUCUACGUCCGGAAUUCAUUGAAUCCACGUACUUCCUGUACAAAGCCACGGGUGAUCACUACUACCUACAAGUGGGAAAGAAAGUUCUCCGGACACUGCAGCAGCACGCAAAGGUCCCGUGUGGGUAUGCAGCUGUGAAUGAUGUGCGCACGGGGAAGCAUGAAGACCGGAUGGAUUCAUUUGUGCUGUCGGAAACUUUCAAAUAUCUCUACUUGCUCUUUGCCGAUGAUGCCGAACUCAUUCUUGAUCUCGAUGAUUUCAUCUUCACCACAGAAGCCCAUCUCCUGCCACUGUCCCUGGGGCAAUUCACAAAUACCACGGCGGACUUUAAAGAUGAAGAUGAAUACCACAUGUUGGACUUUAUGCGCUCCUGCCCGAGCCCAAAUAAAUUAUUUCCCAACACAGUUCGACGACCCAUUCGGGAUUUGGUCACGGGGAUUUGUCCCCGUGUGUCAAACAAUAAGCGAUUGCGUGCUCAGGACUUUCAAGUUAGCAAUGCUGAUCAUCUUCGUACUGUCUACGACAUGGGUAUCACUAUGGUGUCUCUAGGUGAGGGAAAAGUUCAGCUACUCCAUAGUUUCUACAAUGCAAAAUCCCCGGAAGAUGCCGAAAGGGGACUUAUUUUCAUGCAAGAAAUGGUUGAAUUGUCAAAACAACAAGCUAGUAGUCCGUCAAUGCAACUUCAAGCUGUUUUCAUGAAGAAAUCCGAUGGGAGUUAUGAAAUUCUCAAGGCAGGUCCUAGUCACUUUAGUCCCGAACUCACAGACGAUCAAUCCGUCCAUCAGAAAGCCGUUCUCGCCGAGCCAUUUCGCCUGUGUUCCGCCUUAAAGAACUCGCUCGAGAACAGGAUAGCAAUAAUAGAGCGGGGAGAUUGUACGUUCAUUGAGAAGGCCCGUGCUGCACAGACUGCUGGAGCCGUGGCGGUGAUUAUCAUUGACAACACUGCUAACACAUCGAGUGAUAAUCAACCAAUGUUUGCAAUGUCGGGCGAUGGUAAGGAUGAUGUGACGAUACCCGUGGUCUUCCUCUUCUCUGCUGAUGGGGCUAUACUAAAGAAGGCCCUUCAGGAGAAUCCGGAUUUAGAGAUUAACAUAAUGCAAAUGAUGGCCUUAGGCAAGAAAUUGGCGAACGAACUUAAUGUACUGAAAAAUACAUUAAAUUGAAUUAAUAAUAUAGAGAAUUUUGUGAUAAAUAUGCAACCAUACACAAAAGAAUUACAAAGACGUACAGAGAUGAUGGUGUGCUUGAUGGAGAGUUCCGUAAAUCCCGAAGAUUCAGAGAGAGAGUGGUGAGAAAAAUUUCAAAACAAAUUAAGAAAAGUUAUUUGUAAAUAUUGUGUAAAAAUAACAUGUAGGGAAGAUGAGGAAAAGUAAAUGAGAGAAGUGAAAAAACCACUGAUACCUGUACAUUCAAACUAUCCUCGUUAGGUCUCGUAUGUAGUUGUUUUUAUUUACCCUAAAAAAAAGUUUUUGCAAUGAUUCUUGUAAAUAAAAAAAAGAAAUAAGAAUAAAACGAACUGAUGUAUGAACAAA